UGUUUUUGUUGUAUUUCAGAGUAGCGUAUAUAUAGGUAUGUAUUAUUCUAAUGAGUGCUGUGUAAAUUAAUAUAAUGCAAAGGAAUAACAAGCAGUCUGCUGCUUAUCUCCCGCACUCGCAAUCUGAGAGCGACAUGUCAAGGAAAUACAACAUGUAUGAUGGUGGAAGGGGGGGAUUUCCAUCUAUUAAUUUUGAAGACGAGGAAGAGAGUGAGUACAUGGAUAUGAGGGUUAAUAAACCGACUUCACCAGCUGUUAAUAAGCGUAGCGGGAGCGGUGUAUCUGUGUACUCGCCCAUACAUAACCGAACGCCACAAAAGACAUUUCCAUCUUUUGAUCCGGAGUCAGAUUACGUGGAAGUCACUCCUUCCAUGACGCGGAACAGUUUCAAUCAAGGCAGACAGCCGAUUACACCGAAGCACAGAUCGAAUACAACAUACGCAACAACGCUGUUUAAUGACGACGACACUGACUAUGCAGAUAUGACAGGAACGCCAAAACGACAAGGUUUCACAAGAAACGAUUACUUGUAUAAAAGUGUCAGAACACCGACAAGAACAACCAACAAUUAUGACGUUUCAAAACACCCAUCGUCGCCAAGCACGCUUUCUAAACUAAAAAGUACUGGAGAUUUGUCGCGUAAUUUCAAAUCCCGGAGUCCUUCACCGAGACAUCCUGAAACGAAAGGAAUACGGGAAGGAGGGUUCAACAAAGAUGAUGAAGACGAUUAUCAGGAUGUGAUUCAUCGAGUUGGUUCUGCAUCUGAAAGAUCGACUCCUGUGAGACAAACCAUGACACUGGGAAGGGCAUCACACAAGCGGCCAUCUACACUCAACACAAAGAUGCGACAAGAUACGUUCAUUACACCUCCUGCUACAAGCGGCUGGUUUGGUUCGCUAGGUAAUGCGAGCGACGAUUCGAACAGCGAUUUCUCGGAUUAUGAAAACGUAGAUGUGAAAGAUACGAGGCGUUCCCCGGGUGUCCAGCAUAACUCAAUAACAUCUACAGAAGCUGGGAGGGCAGCGAGGAAGUAUUUGAUGCGAGGUGAUAAGUUAUCGCCAUCGUAUACAGGCAAUGGCAGAGAGUUGGGAAGAUUUCAAGGGAAUAAUAUAACCCGUUCAACAUCAAGGGCGGGGAAAGCUGGGGCUGUUCAAUCCAGGAUUUCAAAGUCAAAACAAUCCAAAACCUCGGAUGGUCCCCAGGACUCACCUGAGGCUAUACCGGUUGCAACGCAAACGAAACCUAAUGUUCUCCACCGUACGCAGAGCACGUCGUUAAGUGACCGUCCUGAUAUUGAAUUAGCUCGAAGAAAAAGCCGAACCCUUGACAAAGAAAUGCAACACUCGUUAAAAAUGAUGAUUGAGAGUGAGUUUCUUUCCGCUACCCCGCAGUUAGAAAGUGAGAAGCGACUGAGUGCCGUUUUACCUAAAGCUGCCUCCCCUGUUACCAAGUUAUCCCCACGUAAUGGACAGAGUCAUACGUUGGACAAGAACUACAUCGCGUGGCUUGCUAAGACUUCCCCCUUUGCAUCACGACACCAGUCCGUCUCAUCGUCUAACUUACAAGUCGACUCUCCGACCAACAGAUCGAUGUCGCUGUCCAGUAACGACCAGGAGUUGGAUAACGAACGUUUAAAACAUAGCAUGCCCCAUAUUGAUGACGACCAAGGAAUAUUUUCACCGGAAGCCUUUUCCGACAGCCCUGAACCGAGCGGUAACAGCAAGUUUGUCUCUCUAAGCCGUUACGCUGAUUCUCACUUUAAAACUAAAACUGAUGAUUAUGAAGAAAUUCCACAAUCUAAGAAAGUUACAAAACCUCCCCAUGCUAAAGUCCAACAUUCGAAAAGUUUCUCCGGAAAACGGCAGCAUCUUGAAAGAGUUGAUUUUACCGACGCAGCAGAGGCUUUCCACAUGGAGUAUGUAACCAAGCAGAACAAACAAUCAGGAAAAACAAAAUCCUCCAUCGAUCUUUCCGAGAAAAAUAAAGUCCUCAGAAAAAGCUUUAGAUUUACAAAUAAAAAGAAAAGCAAAUCCACCACUCCGUCGCCGAUGAAGCAGCAAGUGGAACCAAUCAACUACCAAGAACCAGUGAAUAUCAAAUCACCCACCGAUGCGCUAGAUGUCACCAAUUCCGUUAAUAAUGGAAUAAGCCGAUCAAGAGCUUCGUCGGCGUCGUCACCUCGCAGGAAAUCAAAUAUUGACUUGAACGCGAGCCCAGGAAACUACGUUCGUGCGGCUUCGGAGACGAAGAUUAUAGUAAAUGGGAGUGGAAGCGUGCGGUCCAGGAGUAGUGGGGUGCUAGCUGGGUUUGAUCAAGAGUCUACAGGCUCACUGUCUCGGGAGAAGAAAAGUAUUUCUAGGGCGGGCACGCUGGGAAGAUUGUUCAGUAGAAAAGGGAAAGAACGAAGAGCUUUAGACUCGGUUGAUUUCUCCGGUAACCUUGCAGUUCUACCCACCAGGAAAUAUCACACAUUAUCGAGGCGGAAUGAUAAGUUAUCCUUAUCCAGCAUACCAAGUGACUUACGUUCUGAUGCCACUGAAUCGAAGACAGUACUUGACGGCCUACAAUUAACAAAAGGAAUAUCUGUGUUUGACAACCAAGUACGCGAGGGCAAAGAUAAUUACACGGAGUCCAGGAAAACGAGUGCACAGAUGGCCGUUGGAAAUAAAUACGCGACAUUAUCAGGAUUACCACGGAAGCAACAUUCGCACCAACACAGUGACGUCAGUGACAUGUCACUUGAACCAACACUACAAAAACAUAAACGUUCAAGGUCAAGCUUAAGGGGGUUCUCGUUCACUAGAAACGGCGAACUACCCAAUAAAGACCCGAGUGAGAGAAUUAAGCCAACCUCCCAAACUAUAAACAACGAUGUGGUUUCUAACAAGUUGUCAUUGUUACAGGCACAACGGCAGAAGAUUCAAAUGCUUCAUACUGAAAUCGACAAUGAAGCGUUAACCGUAGCAAGAAUCAUGUACUCAUAUUUAAUACAAACUAAACCUGACAUCAUAACUGAACAUCAAUCUGAUGAAGAAAUAUCUGGAUUAGCUGACGAUGAUGUUGUCACGUAUCGCAACUGUUGUUUUGGUCAUGAGUUGGUUGCUUGGUUGUGUGGUUAUAUCAAGACUACAAACUUAGCCUUGAUAUCAGAAUUGUCGAGAUUUCAUGUGAAUGGAUUAUGGCAGGUUUUGCUGGAGGAAGGGUUGGUUUAUCAUGUACGCCAUGAGCAAUAUUUUGAAGACACCCGUUAUCUUUAUCAAUUCCAUAAUGAAGUUACUGAAUACGCUCAAACUGCAGAAGAGGAAAUUCCUGAUAAGUCGAAACUUUUAGAAGUCACGGAGGACAAGAUGGGUUGGGUUUUGGCGUAUUUGAACCAAAGCUCACCGGAUACAAUGCUGAGGACUGCAUUGAGGAAAUUACCAGAACAUCGAACAUCCGAAGAGUUGGAACUGAUUUACGACGAGAUUCUUCAUAUGAAGGCUUUAACUCAGUUAUCAGACCAGGUGAAACAACAACUCGCUGCCGUCCUCCAGUUUGAAUUCUACCACAAGUCUGGUGAAACCAUUUUCCACCAAGGAGACGAGGGAAGAUCCUGGUACAUUAUAUCUAAAGGUUCCGUGGAUGUUGUUAUACAAGGGAAGGGGGUUGUUUGUACCUUACAUGAGGGAGAUGACUUCGGCAGCUUAGCAAUCGUUAACGAUGCCCCUCGUGCUGCUACCAUCGUAACCACUAAACCUAAUUGUCAGUUCCUACGAGUUGAUAAAUAUGAUUUCAACAAAAUACACGAGGAAGUUGAAUCGAAAACAGUCCGAUUGAAAGAGCACGGCAAAGAUGUUUUGAUUCUUCAAAAAAGUUUAAAGACGAAAGAAGGAGGGACGUCAGCAUAUGUUGGUUCUCGGGGCCAGAAAAGAUACAACAUAUCUGCAGGAACUGCUGAAAAGAUUGUCAACCAUAUAUUAGAAUCAUUGCAACCGUGGGUCAAGCCAAGACAUGAGGAAAACUUGGAAGAUUUUUUGCUAACGUUCCGUUUUUUUACAACGACUCAAAAACUCUGUGAUCUUUUACUUCAACGUUAUAACUCGGAGGUUGUUAACGGCGCGGAAUGUUCGCGCUCAUUGAAGAAGAGAGUCGUUUACCUUGUUGUAAGGUGGAGUUACAUCUCUACACACUUAUUCAUUCAAGAUCUGGUGGUCCAAAAUUUUCUGCAGGUGCUAAGAGAAAACAUUGCAGAAGAUAUUCAGAAGAACCUUGCUUACUUGGAGUUACAAAGUGAUUUGAAUCUUCUGUACAAAUCACCAGAACACGAUGAAGUUGGAAAUGUCCUCACUGUUGGUGAAACGAUACAAAGAUAUCCCUCCCCCUCCAGCCAUGAUGAACAAUGUGCUAUACAUGAUAAUGAUGAAGUGUUGCUUAAAAUAUACGACUUACAAAGUUCAUACACCACUGUCAAAGUUCCUAUUUGUUUAACUUGCGAAGAAACGGUGAAUGCAGCAUGCGAAAAGAUCAAUCGUUCACCAAACAAGAUGUUAUUGUUUGAAGUGCAGGAAAACAAUGACAUACAUGCGAUACCAAAACACCAAAUGUCAGUUGCGACAUCGACCAAGUUGAACAGCCGGCUCUACAUGUGUAUUCCUGAUGAAAGGGAUGAAUUGGUUCGUGUUUACUUUGGUUGUUUUAAUAUUGUUGAAACAUUUUCUAUAAAUAUGGGUUUAUGUUUGCAUAUACCUUGUGCCAUGGUGUCUCUACUUGAUUAUUAUCACCAUGUAAAAGAAGAAAAUCCUCUCAUAUCUCGUAUGAUGGCAUCGAUUCAACUUCCCCCACCCACCAUCCAACCAACCACGUGCAUGGAAACUGUUAGUUCACUCGAGAUAGCUUACCAUGUAACGCAACAUGAUUGGCAACUUAUGAACAACAUUCACCUGCAUGAGCAGAACACCCGUGUUAUAACGACUGUCAUUGCCCCCAAGUUACUUUCAUUCAUACCCAUUAAUAAUCGUUUAUUUUCCAGUUUAAAAAUGUACGGGAACAUGUUUGGGUUCAUGGCUGUGAUGAUCGGUAUCGGCAACCAAGCCAUCAGUCGCCUGCAUGGAACGUGGGACAAGUUGCCCACCAAGUAUCGGAAGUUGGUUGACGAGUUUGAGACGAUACUCGACCCCUCGCGCAAACACCGCAACUAUCGUGUGUUUGUGUCGUCGACCAACAGCGCGAGAAUCCCAUAUUUCCCGCUCCUCAUGAAAGACCUGACGUUCCAACACGAGGGGAAUGAUACUUUUAAUAAAAACGGGCUCGUUAACUUCGAAAAGAUGCAUAUGCUCAGUAACAGUAUACGACUUGUUGUACACGGCUGCAGUAGAAGCUUGGAUAAUCAGUUUUUCGAAAGCACCAAAACAGCUGAAGAAUCUCGAAAUUACACGAGGGAAGUUUCAGUGAUCACAAAUCAAAUACUUUUAAAUGAAAUGUCAAAUAAGUUGGAACCCAAAAGAACAUGAGGCCAAUAAUGUUGUGUUGAUUAUUUUUUAUUCCAUAAUAUCGUGUUAUAAUAUGAUGCAUUUAGAUUCACUUUUAUUCUUUCUGUCAUUUUUUACUGCGUUGUUAUUUUUUAAGCAAUUCAAACCUAAACAAGAACUUUAUAGCUUGGUUUUAUGAAUAAACUUUGUUUCUAUGUUUUUGAAAUAAAAUA